GCUGACUAGCCUCGCUGAGCGAGCGCUCGUGCACGGUGCCAUCUUACAUUACGCGAUAUCAAUGGGCUCCUUUCCAAAGCCCACAGUAUGUUAAACGGCUAUCAUAUCCGACUUGCAUUGCACAGAAAUAUUGUUGAUGAUUCACAUCCUGACACUGUCUACACUUUCACCCCGAAGGCCUUAUUUCAAAGCUUACCGCUACAACCGCCCCAAACCAACUGCCAGGAGGAACGCUUUAUUCAACCCAGCUCACAAGGAUUACAGAUUCGGUCCCAUAAGGCUCGACUGGAUUGAUUUUGAGAGUGCAAAUUCUGCUAUGUAUGCUGGUAAAGAGAAACAAGCAGGGCGAGGCCCCUCAGCAGCAGAGUUUAUCCCUAAUACGACAUCGAAGUCCGGUUCAACGAAUUUGCCUGAGGGCACAGUUCAUGUGUACCGCCAACGGAACGAACGGCGACAGAAUGAUGUGGAUGAGUCUAGUGAACCCUCUGCCGCAAGUGCAAGCGAGACCGUUCCAGAAGAUGGUCUCAUGCUUGGUGUAUUAGCAGUUCCUGCAUGGAUGACACCUUCGGACUUCCUCGCUUUCGUGGCACCCGCCGCGGAGGGUAUGGCCCACCUUCGCCUCAUCCGAGACUCCGUUCCGAAUCGCUCUAUCGCUGUCAUCAAGUUCCGGCAGGACGAUCAAGCCCUUGAAUUUGCAGAAGCAUACAACGGCAAACCAUUCAAUUCUAUGGACCCCGAGACGUGUCAUAUUGUGCGUGUUCUAUCUGUCGAGAUAGAUUCAGACGCCUCUAUUUCCUCCUUUACCGCUGCACGUCUGCCUCAAUCAGUAUAUGAACUCCCGACCUGCCCUGUAUGUCUGGAAAGGAUGGAUUCGGCUGUAACUGGUCUCAUCACAGUCCCUUGCUCGCAUACAUUCCAUUGCAUGUGUCUCAGUAAAUGGGGCGACAGCCGAUGUCCCGUUUGUCGAUAUUCGCAAACACUUCUAUCCUCACAUCCUACGUCGUCUACCUCACGUUCACGACCCAUCCCAUUUGCAAAUACUGCCACCACUUCUCUUUCUACGUGUGCCGACUGUUCCUCCACCACGAACUUGUGGAUCUGCCUGAUAUGCGGCAAUAUUGGCUGUGGGCGUUAUGGCCGUGCUCAUGCACACGCACACUACGAAAAGACAACUCAUCUCUAUGCCCUCGAGCUUGAAACGCAACGCGUGUGGGACUAUGCGGGAGAUGGUUAUGUUCAUCGUCUCAUUCAGAACAAAGCGGAUGGUAAACUCGUCGAGCUUCCUUCCGCUGCGUCCUCGAUGGGUGUCAAUUCUCGGGAUGACGGCACAUUAGGUCCAAGCCAUGCAGAUUCUCUCAGCGCUGAGAAGAUCGAGGCGAUUGGAAUUGAAUAUUCCUAUCUGCUCACGUCGCAAUUGGAUUCGCAGCGGUUGUUUUACGAGGAACAGACAACUGAGCUGAAGACACAGGUGGAAGAGCUACGAAACUUGGUAGAAAAGCUGAGUCUAGACCUAGCAAAGGACAAGACAGAAGCGAAGGAACGCGAAGCACAAUGUCGUCGAGAAGAGGAAGAAAAAUUAAACGAGGUAUACAAGGACAAGAUCAAGGCAGAAAAGAAAGCGGAACGCGUCGCAGAGCUCGCAAGGAAGUUUGAAAAAGAAUUGAAGGAAGAGAAGGCCGUUAGUGAGGGACUUUUGAGGAAUCUAACUAAAAUGAAGGAGACGAACACACAAUCGGAGGCGCAGCGUCAAGAGUAUCAGGCUAAGAUCGAUGAUCUCCAGGAUCAGGUCAGAGAUGUCAUGUUCUUCUUGGAAGCUCGGGCGAAGAUCGAGCAGGAGGACGGCGCGAGUGCCGAAGCAGCUGGAGGCACUGUUGAAUUGCCACCUGCCUCCGACGCGAGUAGUGGCACGGGGAAUAGAAAAAGGAAGACAAAGAAGGGCUAAUGGCUCGCUGAGCUGGUGCUUGUGCUGUACAACUCUUAGCCGACUAGUCAUACUCCACAGCAUCGUGGCUUUCAUAUCAUGGCACAUACCGAGCGUAUGACACCUUUUCUGAUUUCGACCAAAUGAUUAUCUUUUGGGACACAGCCGACAUAUGAAGACAUCUUUAUCACACUGAUCUUU